GCGAUGGAAGAAAUAGAAGAUCAUAGAAAAGAAACGGAGUAGGCGUCAGAAAACAAGCUGUUUUAUGUGAAGGGAAUGGCAUCACCUGCACAGCAAUGCGGGUCAAAUGGAAUAAAAGCCCUGCAAAGUCUACAGUUGUUGCUGACGCACCUUUCAGGAACUUGCAGAUGCUGCUCUUCUCCUUGCCCAUGGUGACCACAGAGCGAUGGAAGGAGUAGAAGAUCAUGAAACCGAAAUGGAGUAGGCAUCAGAAAACAAGCUGUUUCAUGUGAAGGGAAUGGCCUCACCAGCACAGCAAUGUGGGUCAAAGAGAUGGACGUAUUUGAGUGACGGACCGGAGACCAUAUUGAGUGUUGACAGCUACUGAUGUUUGUGUAGUGCGUGCGAUAUAAAUAAAAAGACUGGAAGAUGCACCGCCGCCAUUGGUGCGCCUGAAUGCUGGAUAUCUGGUGUCAAUCACAACCAGGAGAGAAAGAAAGAAAAGGAGAAGGAGGAAGGUGAUGCUGAUCCUCAGAAAGGAUGCUAUCGAUCAGCCUCACAGACGUCUUGCAAUUAGAUGUCCUUGCACAUGCGCAUUCCCACCUUUAUUUCUUCGUAAGGGUCUGAUAAUGAGGUAAUGCAAGAAGCAUUUAAUCGGAUGAAGCCGACGUUUCGAUGCAGAACUCCGCGCCGCUGUCCGGGAUGGUGAGCCACUUUCAGACGCCCGCCUUCAGCGACUUCGGAGCCGGCCAGACGCGCUCGGCGUACGGCGGCAGGGCCGAGACAUGCGCGCGGCGAGCCGGAGCCGCGAGCUACGGAGCGGCUCAGAUUUACCGGAGCCCACACCAGCACCACCACCACGAUGACAGCAGCCCCAAACGUAAAGUACACGUAGCCGCCAAAGCUCCACGCUCCUGCUUCACGUUCCCACCACUGCAAGGUAACGGUGCCUACUGCCUUGAAAAGAAUGGAGACCACACUGAGCUGGGGGACGCUCAGAGCACCAUGAUGCCAUGUGGGCAGAGUUUGCCUCUGCCCUUGGGGGGUCACCCCGGGGGACUUUAUCCCCAGAGCCUCCACUGCGACAGCCCAGCGCCUGAUCUUCUUCUGCAGGACAGCCCGCACCAGGAUGCCAGAUCAUCCACUUUUCAGAGGACCCUCUCCGGGGCCUCGCUGGGUGGUGCCAACCGGGCUCCAAGUGCUCUACCGUAUGCCAUUAAAGAAGAGGACGUUAUGGGUUACACCAUUUCCGGCAUCGGCGCUUCCCAGGUGGGGUUUCAGAACUCCAGGCCGGGCAUACUUUUGGGGGCGUCGAGGGACGAGAUGGUGGCUCUUGUUGGCAACGGCGGCGACAACAUGAGCGUGGAACCGUUUAAUAAUGAAGAUGGCUCCUCCCCGUUGGCUUUGUCCCCGGCCGGCUCGCGUCAGUCAGCGCGGCUGCUGAGCACGAGCAGUCUGAAAAGACGUCGCCUUUCGCUGGUCUCGCAGUCCCCCGCUGAAACCGGCGGCGUUGCGCUCGCAGAUUCUCCGUCAGCGACCAGAACUGCCUCCGAGGAGAUCAACAUCACCGCCAUCAUCUGCUCGUCCUCACAAAUGUCCAUGGUCACGUGCGUCAACGGGUUCCGUGCUAACCUAUCGCCAAGCCACACCGGCGGCUGCGGCUUCACCUCUUCAUCCUCCUCUUCCUCGUCUAGAUCCCCACCUUCUGUACCCUGCCAUCGAGAAGCCCCUUACAGCCACCCACCACACGGCAGCCCCCAGCGAGCCUCAUUGCAGGGGAGCUGUCAGCUAUCCUCACCCGCCGCUUGCCUGCUGUCCCUUUCCUCCUCUUCCCCAUCGUCCUCCUCAUCGAUUUCAUCAGUGGAGCCAGGCAGAGGGCCGUGCGAGGAGCAGGGCUCCAUGCAGCAGGGCCCUGGGGCUGGAGAACCCUCCCUGGGGAAUACAGGUGGCUCAGACAGGUUGGGGUUACUCAUGAGUGGGGUGCUGAUGUCAGGGACACUGCAGACGGGGGCAGAAACUGGGGUUUUACUGGACAGGAGCCAGAGAUCGGGGGCCGCCCUCAAGCAAGAGCCCUUAGAUGACUUUUCUCCCAGUGAAGACGAAAUCUUGCAGCACCGCUAUCAUCAUCAUCACUUAAGCGGGCGCAACGGGCAUCUUCGCCACUUCCAUCAGCAUCCCCGCACGACCAUGCCCCCGCCCUACCACCUGCACCAAUAUGCGGGAGCCGUUUCCGGCCACAACCAUCAUUCGGCGCCUGGCUCCUCCCUGGCACUCAAGCCUUCGCCCGUGGGCCCGUCCGAGAACGAAGAGGUCGGCGGUACGCAGUCCGAUAAGCAGUCUUGUCGCUGGAUCGACUGCAGUGCUGCCUACGAACAGCAGGAAGAGCUGGUGAGGCACAUUGAAAAAGUCCACAUCGACCAGCGCAAAGGGGAGGACUUCACCUGUUUCUGGGCCGGCUGCAUUCGGCGCUACAAGCCCUUCAACGCCCGCUACAAGCUGUUGAUCCACAUGAGGGUUCACUCUGGAGAGAAGCCUAACAAGUGCAUGGCCGCCCCGGGCUGUUGUGUGGCAUAUUUAGCUGCCGAGGGACACGCUGGCAAGAAGGAAACAACUUAAUCUCUCUGCAAUAUCCUGUUGUGUUUCAUGCCUAAUUCGCUUGUUUUUUAAGUUUAUUGCAUUUUUUCCC